CGGGUUCGCAGGCGGAGUCGUUCUGCACCAGUUGGAGCGCAGAUUAAUGGAAGGACAGGUAAACUGUUAAAUAGCGCCUUUUGUGAUGUAUUAUUUCUCCAGUUUUAUUGAAUAGUGUCGAAUCGAGUCAUCUAAGUUGCUUUGAAGUAGUCCGAGCCUCAGCGAGGACAUGGGGUCACGUGCGACUGACGUUCGUGAUUCUGAAGUUCCUUGUCUUUACUGUUCUUCAUCUCACAGCACAACGUCGGCUCACCGCUAUUCUCUUUCUUGCAUUUACCACUCCUUUUCUUUACAAAUUCCAUCGCCUGAUAGCUGUUCUCAUCAUCCUGAAAACAUGGCGUCUGUUUCGAAGAUAAACCAACUUCCCGACGAGCUACUUGCAUCUAUAUUCGCUACCGGCCUUCGUGGCUUGUCAUCCGAUAAACAUAAGGUCCUCCUGGCUUUGAUAUGUAGCAUCUGUCGUCACUGGCGAAAUGUUGCUAUUGGAGCCUCCGAACUAUGGACCACUAUUCACAUUUCCUUGGAACGACACCUUCCAGCCGCCCAGGCAUUCCUGGAGCGAUCAAAGGGUCGCCUCAUCCACAUCACUAUCGAAACGCUUUACCCCUCAGACCCUGAUUCCUCAACUGCCGCCCGUAGAACUGCUGAUAUAACUGCACCACACAUCUCCCGUGCUCAAACUCUGACCAUGAUUCUUCCACAUGCCGACAUCUAUGCCAUAUUUUCAGAUGCCUACCGCUCCAUCUCUCCUCCCGAUCUUGCCAGCCUUUCCAUCCAUAUCACAGAUGGUCUGUGGUCGAUAACAAGACUUCGUCCACUCUUUACGAACACUAACUCCCUCUGUCAUUUUGACACUCAAGGACGUUUCAUAAACAUUGUUUCUUCAAAGGAUAGUCUCACCAAAGUGGAGCUCAGCGAUUAUUCCCCGACUCACGCAGACCUCCAGAAAUUGUUUGCCGAAUCGCCUCGUCUUGAAACACUCAUCCUACGUAGGUUUCAUACAGGCGCGACAGUGGUUGGCACUGAUGAAGAAGACACUACGCCUUUCACCAUCACUGCCCCGGCUUCUUUGAAAUCCCUGGCAGUAUCCUUUGUGUAUCACUCGCAUAGUAAUGACCCAGCAUCGUGUGACUGCGUUCUUGGUUCAUUAUCUAUUCCAAAUCUGGAAUAUCUAGAGGUGGUCGGGACUGCCGUCUUGGAUAUCAAUUUGAAAGCUCAUUUUGGGGAACGGGCCCAGCUACGGACGCUACGCAUCCAGCGUUAUGCUGUAUCAUCGGCCGACGAAGAGUUCUUCCUCUCAUUGAAGGAGCUGAGACGUUUGGAGUUGGUAGACAUACGACCUCAGUCACAAAUACAAUACAUCACAAGGACUUCAAAAGAAGACCGUCCGUCAUCUUCGUUCUCCCUUUUCCCUCAUCUAUCUUCCGUCUUCUUUUCCAUGACGGGGGAGUAUGCGCAGAGUCCGUAUCAGCUACUGGAGCUCGCUGAGCGCCGCGUUGAAGCCGGAUGUCCUCGUUUCACACUUGAAUUCAAAAAAGGGUGUUCCGAACCGCCAUUUUUCGACACCGUCGUGUCGUGUAUUCAGGAUGGUCGUAUUUGCCUUAUAGAGAGUGAUUGUCCAAGCGGUCUGAUAAAACCAGAUAUCGAAGAGAUGGAUGCAGACGGUUUUGGGGACCAGGACGAGGAAGGGAUGGAUGCAGACGAUUUUUGGGACCAGGACGAGGAAGAGAUGAUUGAGUGGGAACAUGAUUGGGAGGUUGAUUAUGAUGGAUGGGAUGAGGAGGAGGAAGAUGAGGACGACGAGUUUUAUGACGAGGAUCCUCUUGCUACAUAUAUGUAGUGGUAUACGGGUAUUCCUCAACCUUAGCUGGCUUGGUAAACUUUUGGAUCCGGAAUG